CGGACUGCUGCACACAUGUAAUGUUGAGAACUUGAAUUUAAUGGGAAUGUCGAGAUCGAUAUAUCAUCUCCUUACAAUUUUUUUUUCUUCGCAAAGUCAGUUGUUGUAAAAUCAGACAUACAGAGAAAAUAAAAAGAGCGCGGGAGUCGACCAAUAGUCGAACUCCCGAUGAGAGGGCCUUUUAUGCCACAUGAUGGGCAGCCCUAUUGAGACAGCGGAGAACAAAACAGCAAGAAACCCAACUACAGAGAGAAGCUCUGAGCAUCUUGCAAGAUAGUUCCAUCUUGAUCAUGAGCCAAGUCACCUGUCUGAGGAAGUCUCUCCGAUAACGGGAGCUCUUCUGCGUACCCCUACAAACAAACAAAAAACAAAACAAAACAAAACACACAAGCGUCCCCAUUGUAGGACAACUAAGCUCCACCGCCAAAUGGACUUAAACAAGCCAUUAAGGCUUAGUCGGAUACACCGAAACCAAAACUAUGUCAAAUUAUUUUUUUUAAGAAUAGUUAAAGAAAAGCAAAAAAAAAACAGACGAAAUUGACAAACAAAAUGAAUAAAAGGGAGGGUAAGUAUCAAAAGAAAACAAAUAAAAAUUACUAAUAAAUAAUGAAGCAAUUGUAAAGCGGUUAAUUAAAAAGAUAAAGGAAAUAAAAAAUGACUAAAUUGCAAUAAUGUAAAAAAGGAAACUGAGGAGUCUGGUUGAGUUACUUACCUGGAGCAGUUACGCCAUUCCAAAAGGUGUGAAAUUUUAAUUAAUUAAAAAACACAGUUACCAAUUACUUGCAGCAGAUCUCACCAGAACCGUCCGUUCAGCUACUCCAGGUAACCGCCGUCUGUCUUCUCUUCCAUGCGCCACCGUCCGUUAAGUUACCUCAGAUGCCCCGCCGUCCGUUCAGUUGACCAAUCCUUGUUUUUUGGCAUCGUCGUCGAUCUGAGUCCAGUGCUGCGGGCAAUGGAGUCAUUUGUCCUUACAAUUUGAGUAUUAAAGUGUUAGAUAAUCGAGACAACUUUAAUUUCGUUAUGAGUUUAUUUCACAUUUUUUAAAACAGAGAUGGACGUUGAUACAUUGUUGUCAUUGAUUCGUACGUACUUUGUCGAAACAUAUUAAAAAAGAGGCAUAUAUUGAAAUUCAGCUCGGUCUACAUAAUGCCUUUCAUCUUACUAAAAUUCAUUUAUUUGCCUAGCUCAAAUCUCAUUUCAUAGGAAAGACACGAAGUCUCCCUUUAAACACAAUCAACUAAUGCUGGAUACAUAAAUGUACAACUGCAGUAAUGCACACCCCCAUUCUUCCCCUUUAGGCUUGGAGCAUGGAAUCAAAAGUCAAAAAUUGCAAAUCAAUAUAAUGGUGCGUUCUAUCUAAGUAAAGCCACCAAUUAAGCAGCAAAAACCAACAUGUUAUGUACUUCCCCACCCACAACUCCUCCAUUUUAGGCUCAAUUCCUCUAAACCAUCUCUCUUCUCAGUUCUCAUCAUCAUUCUUCUUCCCCCCAUCCAUAGCACACAAUAAUACAAAAAAAAUGAAGCUCGUGACAAAGGCGCCGUACUCCCGCCAUAGCCACCACCACCGUUUCAUCCUCUCCUCCAUCGCCUUCAUCCUCUUCUUCUGUCUCUUGGCCUCCAUCAACGAGGUCCAGUUCGACCACCUCCUCAACCUCGGCCAUUGCAACGGCUCCGUCAUCUCCACUACCACCACCAACGCCGCCGCCUUCAACUCCUCCUCUUCCUCGUCGAACGCUACUCAUACUGUCGCCGGAGACGACGACGACGAGAUCCGGAUCCUGAUCGGCAUCCUGACGUUGCCCGACCAGUACCCUCGCCGCCACUUCCUCCGCAUGGUCUACGGCACCCAACCGACCCCAAAGGGCGCCAAGAUCGACGUGAAGUUCGUCUUCUGCAACCUCACCAAGGAAGAUCAGACCAUCCUCGUCGCCCUCGAGAUCAUGCGCUUCGACGACAUCAUCAUCCUCAACUGCAAGGAGAACAUGAACAACGGCAAGACCUUCACCUACUUCUCCACCCUCCCCGACAUCUUCUCCCGCGAAGAAGACGACCACCGCAACAAUUCUUCUCCACUAGAGGCGAAACCAUGGCCGCCGUACCACUACGUGAUGAAGGGAGACGACGACUCAUACUUCCGACUGGGGAACCUGGUGUCGUCGCUGCAGCCGCUGCCGCGCGACGACCUGUACUACGGGUACGUGAUCCCGUGCCCGAGCAUGGACCCGUUCGUGGAGUACAUGUCGGGCAUGGGGUACCUGGUGUCGUGGGACAUAGUGGAGUGGAUUAAGGAAUCGGAGAUUCCGAGGAACCACCUCGACGGGCCCGAGGAUAAGGUGUUUGGUGCGUGGCUCAAGGAAGGGCGGCGUGGGAAGAACAGGCACAAUGCCAAGUGGUCGAUGUACAACUUCCCGGUGCCGCCGUCGGGCUGCACGCACGAGUUCUGGCCGGACACGAUUGCGGUUCACUUGCUAAAGAACCAGCCCAAGUGGAUCGAGACCUUGAAGUAUUUCAAUGCUACCAAGGAUCUCAAGCCUUCCAAGUUGUAUCAUAUUCCAUGAAUUAUAUUGAUUUUUGUUCAACAAAUUUUUGUAUCAUAUUUCAAUUGAAAGUCUAGCCACUCGUUCAAAGAGAUUUCUCUGUUGUCAUUUUUUUAAAUAUAUAUAGAGAUAAAACAAGUGUGUUGAUUAUGUUAUUAAUGAUAAUAUGAUAUCCGUUAACCUAAAUGAAAGGGUAGUCACUGAGUUUGAAAUAAUUUACAAAACAUGAUGCGCUUAGAUCACACAUAUAUAUGUGUACAUUGAGAUUAAACAGCAACAUUAAGAUCACAACGCUACAACCACAAUAUUAUAUAAUAUCAUGUUCAUCUCGAUAACCAUAAAAUCUCGAUUACGAUAAUUUGUAAUUAUUAUUUUUAUAUUGUAUAGAGAUUGGACAAGUAAAGUUUCAACAACUUUUGUAUCCUCUAUCUUUAGGAUUAUAUAUAAUUUGUUUGCAGAAUACAUAAAGUUGUUGAAUUUUGAAUGCCAUUUAAUUGUGUACUAUUAGGCCGCUUUGCACCAAUUGCACUAAACCGGUCACUUUCUUUAUGAUGGUAAUGUAACUACGGAGCUUCACUUUUCUUCCAAAAGCGGCCACCGGAGUGAAGUCUUUCACGUGGUGGCGAAGAUCCAAAAGUCACAGAGAUCUAAAGUGGGUGGCUGCGUACCCACGCCACCACCGAGCCGCCGUAUACUUCGCCAAAUCCAGAAGUUUGCUGUCUGUUCCUUUAUGGAAAUUGACCAAACACAGUCAGAAGGCAAGAGGGACAUGGCUGGGCUUCUAUAUUUACACGUUGGGCUUGAAUAUAAUGUGGAUCUACCUAUUGACAUUGGCCUUUCAGAGGUGGGCUCAGGAGCUGUGGGCUGUAAAGUGUAAACCCAUUUUGGAGAUGGAAAUAUGCCGUCAAAAUUACCAUUCUACGUAGAGUAGAAUCGUAUAUGUGAUCUAAAAAUGUAAGAACAUAAGCUUUUAAAUUUUAGUAUAGAUUUUGGCUAUAAUUGUUAGUAAGAAAGGCGAUUGUACUUAGAAGUGUUUUGAUAGUCUAUAAGUGUAAAAGCAUAAACUUUCAAUAGUAUAAUUAAUUAAUUAUAUUUAAAAUAAUGUGAGAUAUAUUUACUAAAGACAAUAUAUUGGAAAAAUAUCGAAUAAAAUCUGUUUAUUCUA